UUUUGCUGUAAAUGUGAGAGGAGAAAACACAAGCACGAGUGGCCCUCGGAGGCGCACAGACACUGAGACGGGCGGAUUGAGUCUACAUGGUUCUCAUGAUGUGUUUAAGAGCGCAGCGCCGCUCAACCUCUCUUCAUUACUGAACUCAAACACUGUGUGUGUGUGACGUUACACAUCCGAUCAGAAAGAUGGCAGAAACCGCUCCAGCUGCAGCCGCCGCGCCGGCCAAAGCGCCCAAGAAGAAAUCUGCUGCUAAACCCAAGAAAACGGGCCCAAGCGUCGGUGAACUCAUCGUCAAAACUGUGUCCGCUUCCAAGGAGAGGAGCGGCGUGUCUCUCGCCGCCCUGAAGAAAGCUCUCGCCGCCGGUGGAUACGAUGUGGAGAAGAACAACUCCCGCGUCAAGAUCGCCAUCAAGAGUCUGGUGACUAAAGGGACUCUGGUCCAGACCAAAGGGACCGGCGCCUCCGGAUCAUUCAAGCUCAACAAGAAACAAGCCGAGAGCACGAAGAAACCCGCCAAGAAAGCCGCUCCUAAAGUCAAGAAGGCCGCAGUCAAGAAACCCGCCGCCGCCAAGAAGCCCAAGAGUGCCGCGACUAAGAAACCUGCCGCCAAGAAAUCCCCAAGAAGCCCCAAGAAGGCAAAGAAACCAGCAACCCCCAAGAAAGCCGCCAAGAGCCCGGCUCCAGCCACCGGUGGAGUCAAGAAGCCUCAUCGUUACAGGCCCGGUACCGUAGCGCUGAGAGAGAUCCGCCGUUAUCAGAAGUCAACUGAGCUGUUGAUCCGCAAACUGCCUUUGCAGCGUCUGGUGAGAGAAAUCGCUCAGGAUUUCAAGACGGAUCUGCGCUUCCAGAGCUCCGCCGUCAUGGCCCUGCAGGAGUCCAGCGAGGCCUAUUUGGUCGGUCUCUUUGAGGACACCAACUUGUGCGCCAUCCACGCCAAGAGGGUCACCAUCAUGCCUAAAGAAAUCCAGCUGGCCCGCCGCAUUCGUGGAGAACGCGCUUAA